AUGGACGACCUCAACGGCUUGGACUGGAGCAGUGGGCCCAAGGGCCCCGGCAAGCCUCCUCCGAUGAGCUCCAGUUCUCUUUUUACGAGCAUGCGCGCAUCCCCGGUCUCUGGACGCUCCACCACCCCGUUGUCCGCCGCCAGCAGUAUCCCCGCGUCCAACAACCCCAAACAACCCCCCUCGAAGCCCGCAACCCCGGCAAACGACAGCUUUGCCAAUCUGGUUUCCUUUGGAGGAACAUCGGGCGCGAGCAACAAUAAUCUGUCUCUGCUUGAAAAACAGAAGCUGCUGCAGGAACAAAAGGCUAGGCAGGAGGCCGAAAAGCGGAAUCAGUUCGAAGCGCAAUACGGUGGUCAAAAUGCUCAGUUCUGGGACAGUCUCGACCAUGUACAAAAACAACCGGCUGCUCCUCGCUCGGCCACCUCAACACCAGCAGCAGCGGCAGAUGAUGAUUUUCUGGCGGCGUUCAAUGCAUCGGCUCCCGUGGAUGCAUCUACCAAUUUCCCGGUGCCUUCUAGUAGCACUACACCUGCGCUUUCGACCAAGACCAGCACGCCGGAGGCUACCAGUGCUUUGAAUCUCGGCGAUGAUGACGAUGACCCGUUUGGUCUUGGACAACUACCCUCUAAAUCGACGACAGCUCGAUCUCCGCCCGCAGAGCACACCGACGACGAUGAUUUUCUAGGACUGCUUGGUAAACCCGUUUCAGAACUACCACAGCCCCAAAAACAACCCGAGCCUCAAGUUUCUCCUGAAUUGCCCAAGUCGGACGACCCUCGAGACCGAGCCAUCGCCGAACUAGUUGAUAUGGGAUUCCCGCCUGAAAGGGCCGCCCAAGCUCUGGAAAGCACCGAAUCCGGCGUGGACGUGCAGGCCGCAGUGGGUUGGCUUUUGAACCAAGCACAUUCCGAGUCGCGACAGAAAACGAGGGCAAAAUCCGGGUUGCCUCCAGACGAAAGCCAGCCUCGCAGUAAGCGACAGAAUGGUGCGCCAUCAUGGAUGAAAGACGAUGACUCGCAGGGGCGUCGUGUCGAUAGUAGAUCGCCUGCCUCGCGGGACCGAGACGUUGGCGAAAUAGCCUCCAAAUUUGGCAACCAGCUAUUCAAGACGGCCAACACGCUGUGGAAGACGGGGAGCAAGAAAGUCCAGCAAGCUGUUCACGAGCUCAAUUCUGAGGUAGACCCCAAUCGACCUCGUUGGAUGCAGGAGGCCAGCCUGGCCGACGAAGACAACGGACUUGUAUCUCAGCCACCACGGGCCAGCAAACCUCUUGAGCGUGAUGAACCGCAGCGCCCAGGCAAUGUCACUGACGAGGCUUUGCUUUUAGAGUCUGGUUCUGGUCGGCCGGCCUCGCGAAGACCUAAGGCUGCAGAUACAAGGUCACCGCAGUACCCUGGGCGGUUGAAUGAAAUCCAUAUGGAAGACCGUGAAUCCAGGCCCCAACCACCUAUUCGAGAACAGCGAGAACCCCGACAACAAGUACAGCAACAACGUCGACCCCAACAACCCAAUAGGGACGUGAAGUCCCAACUUAAUCGAGGUGCGCUGGAGGAACAAUCGGCCCAAGCCUAUGUUAGCCCCGCGAGACGACGGAGAACACCACAGCCGCCGAAAGAAGAGCCAGCUGUCGAUCUUUUCGAAAGCCCGAAGCCUGUAGCGCCCACUACCUCAUCCUUUGGUGCUGCUCGGUCUGCUCCGAAGCCGAAGUCACCGGCACCUCUCCCGUCGAGACCAAAAAUUGUCGCGCGCAGCGUUCCUAAUGUCUCGCCAUCAGUCUUGGCUUCAUUUCAUAAGGAGCGCGAAAGCGGUAACGAGGCUUACAAACGGGGAGACUACGCUGCGGCACAUGAAUCAUUCACAAGAUCAUUAUCACAUCUACCUGGAAACCACCCCGUCACAAUAUUGGCACUUAGCAAUCGUGCCAUGACAGCUCUUAAAAUCGGAGAACCUAAGGUGGCAGUCAGCGAUUCCGAGUCCGUUCUCACUUUUAUCGGACCAUCCAAAGGUGAAGGAGAGAGCGUCGAGCUUGGCAAUGGGCAGCCAGCCAAACCCAUGAGAGACUUUUUUGGCAAAGCCAUCAUGCGCAAAGCCGAAGGUCUUGAGCACCUUGAAAAGUGGGUCGAAGCUGCGCAAGUCUGGAGACAAGCAGUCGAGUCUGGCCAUGGCGGCGGCGCCAGCAUCCAAGGCCGAAACCGAUGCGAGAAAGCCGCUGGUAUUAGCAAGCCUAGUACGCCUGCUUCUGGUGCUUCAAGAUCUGCGACUCCGCGAGCAGCGCCGGUCGCGGUCAAGAAAGCGACACCUAGAGCAACUCCUUCAAACGCCGCGCCAACUGGCGAAGCUGUGUCUCGGCUCAGGGCUGCAAACGAAGCAGCUGAUCGAGCCGACGAGGAGAAGCUUGCAUUGACCGAUAGCGUCGAUGCCCGACUGUCUGCUUGGAAGGACGGCAAGCAGGAUAAUCUACGAGCUUUGCUAGGCAGCCUUGACAACGUUCUUUGGCCCGAAGCUGGGUGGAAGAAGGUCGGUCUGGCUGAAUUGGUUCUUCCGAAUAAGGUUAAGAUUCAGUACAUGAAGGGCAUUGCGAAAGUGCACCCGGAUAAGAUCUCGACCAACGCUACUACCGAACAACGAAUGAUUGCAGGUGCUGUUUUCAGUACUCUGAACGAGGCAUGGGACAAGUUUCGCAAAGAGAAUAACAUCUAA